AUGCUUGAAAUUGUCUUAUGGGGGCUCUAUGAGAGCUUAAAUGCUCCAGAAAGAACUGGAGGCUUGACUAACCUCCGAACUUUGAAAAAUGUAGCCAUUGAUUCAAAGUUUGCCAGAUACCUGGCCAAUUUGAUGCAGCUUCGUUCGUUGAAUAUUGAGCUAAAGACGGACGUAGAUGGGGAGGUGUUCUGCGCCUCCAUCCACAAAAUGAAAUUGUUGCGUUCCUUGGAUAUCCUCCCAAUCCCUGGGUCCUUUAGAGGGGAGGGAAUUAUUAUCGUCUCCCCAAAUGAGGACUCUUCAGAAACUACGUCUUUGGGGAAAACUAGAGAAGCUACCAACGCAGAGGGGUUUCCUAAGCUUCAAUAUCUCCUUCUGUCAAAGUUAACUGACUUGAGAGAGUGGGGUGAGGUAGAGAAGGGUGCUUUGCCCAACCUGCAUGGAGUACGCAUGUUCAUCUACAAGAAUCUGAAGGCACUGCCGGAAGGCUUCCAAUACCUGAGUUCCCUUCAGACCUUGCAACUUGAUUUCAUGUCUGAUGAGUUUGUGAAUCGGCUAAAGAAUGAAGACCAUUACAAAGUGCAACAUAUGCCUGUUGUUAGGCAUGACUACUAUGAAGUUGAAGAAGGUGAAUGGAAGGCUGAAAUCCUUUAG